AGUCUGCGUUCAAUUCUUGAUCAGAACAGUCACAUUUUAUAUUUCGUGUUCUUAAAGCAGCAUUUUAAGUGUUCAAGUGCCCACGUACAAGGAAGAAAAAAAUGGAUUUCUACUACUUGCCUGGCUCUUCCCCAUGUCGUGCUGUUCAGAUGACAGCCGCUGCAGUUGGAGCUAACCUUAACUUGAAAUUGCUUAACUUGAUGGCUGGAGAACAUUUGAAACCUGAGUUCAUUGCGAUCAACCCGCAACACACGAUUCCAACACUUGUUGACAAUGGAUUCGCUCUUUGGGAAUCUCGUGCAAUUCAAAUAUAUUUGGUCGAAAAGUACGGAAAGGACGAUUCUCUCUUCCCAAAGGAUGCUAAAACUCGUGCUGUUGUUAACCAGAGAUUAUAUUUUGAUAUGGGAACUUUGUAUCAACGAUUUGGGGAUUAUUACUAUCCACAACUCUUUGCUAAAGCCCCAGCUGAUCCAGAAAAGUUCAAAAAGAUGGAAGAAGCUAUGGCAUUCUUAAACACAUUCCUGGAAAAGUCAAAGUACAGCGCUUGUGAUCAUUUAACUGUUGCAGACAUUUCACUUGUUGCCACUGUUUCUUCUUACGAUAUUGCUGGUUUUGAUAUCAGCAAAUAUCCUAAUGUUGCUCGCUGGUACGAUUUAUGCAAGGCAACUGUUCCUGGUUAUCAGUUGAACGAAGCUGGACUCCAAGAAUUCAAGAAAUUCUUCUGAAUCAAGAAGCUUUUCUUUCUAAUAUUUCUCGAUAAAUUUUUGGUUCAUUUAUUUUUUUCUUUAUAUAUAAAGUGCCUGUUUAUGUAACGCUUUGGCAAUUAUUUUUACUGAAGUAAAUAAAAAUUUGGCUAUUCGAAUAAACAA